AUGCAAAACGGUAAUGGUAAAUGUGAUCAUCAUAAUUUGUUAUCAGAUGGUUUAACACAAAAACAAUUAUUUGAAAAUAAUGAUGGCAUCACUUAUAAUGAUUUUAUUAUUCUACCCGGUUUCAUAAAUUUUUCAUCGGAUAGUGUUUCACUUCAAUCGAAACUUACGAAAACAAUUACUAUCAAAACACCAUUUAUAUCUAGUCCGAUGGAUACUGUCACAGAAUCAGGAAUGGCUAUUGCAAUGGCAUUGAAUGGUGGCAUAGGAAUCAUUCAUCAUAAUUGUUCGGUUGAAUAUCAAGCAAGUGAAGUCAGACGUGUUAAACGGUAUGAACAAGGUUUUAUCACUGAUCCUUUGAUUCUUGCACCGAACAAUACAGUUGCAGAUGUUUAUGCGAUCAAGAAACUGCAUGGUUUCUCUGGUAUUCCGGUGACAGAAAAUGGAAAAAUUAAUAGCAAAUUAUUAGGUUUAAUAACAUUCCGGGAUAUUGACUUUUUGCCUAAAGAUCAAUGGUCAACAAUUCCUGUUAGUCAAGUAAUGACACCCAUUGAAGAACUUGUUACAGCUAAAAAUGAUCUUACACUUAAAGAUGCUUAUCAUAUUUUACAACGUAGUAAAAAAGGUAAAUUACCUAUUAUUGAUUCCAAUGGGGAUCUUGUUUCAUUAAUUGCUCGUACUGAUUUGGAAAAAAAUCGUGAUUAUCCAUUAGCAUCAAAAGAUAAUCGUCGACAAUUAUUAUGCGGAGCAGCUAUAGGUACACGAAAAGAAGAUGAAAAACGUCUUGAAGCACUCGUACAAGUGGGUGUUGAUGUUAUUGUACUUGAUUCAUCACAGGGAAAUUCUAUCUAUCAAAUUAAUAUGAUAAAACAUAUAAAAAAUCUCUAUCCACAUAUACAAGUUAUUGCUGGUAAUGUUGUUACACAAACUCAAGCAAAAAAUUUAAUUGAAGCUGGUGCUGAUGCGCUUCGUGUUGGUAUGGGUAGUGGAUCAAUCUGUAUCACACAAGAAGUUAUGGCUGUUGGACGAGCUCAAGCUACCGCUGUUUAUAAAGUAGCUGAAUAUGCUCGUCAAUUUGAUGUACCCGUUAUUGCUGAUGGUGGAAUAUCAUGUGUUGGACAUAUUGUUAAAGCAUUAACAUUAGGAGCUAAUUGUGUUAUGAUGGGCUCGUUAUUAGCUGGUACACAGGAAGCACCUGGUGAAUACUACUAUCAAGAUGGUGUUCGACUUAAGAAAUAUCGUGGCAUGGGCAGUCUUGAUGCAAUGAAUGCAUGCCAAGAAUUAUCUGCUGCAAGUCGAUAUUAUUCCGAAGGUGAUCAUGUUAAAGUUGCGCAAGGUGUUGCUGGAAGUGUUGUUGAUAAGGGGAGUAUUCAUCGAUUUAUUGGUGGUUAUCUUUAUACAGGUGUACAAAAAUCAUUCCAAGAUAUUGGCUGUCAAUCAGUUAAACAAUUACAUGAUGAUUCUCAAAAAGGUAUCAUUCGAGUUGAAAACCGUACGGCAUCAGCUCAACUUGAAGGUGGCGUACAUAAUUUGCAUUCCUAUGAAAAAAAACUUUUUUAA